UAAAUUAAACCCAACUUCCUCUCAUAUGAGCUGAUCUUUCUGUGAUUGUUGAAACUUUUAGUUUUUGUUUUUUUUCAGGACGUUCUGCUUAAAGCGUCCUGGGUGGUUCCGACUGUGAUGGCAAACAAAUUCAGAAGGAGGAGGAGGAGUCUGGACUCAGAAUAUAACACAGCAGGAAUUAAAAAGUAAAAUUAUUCACCACCAUCAACAGCAAAACAUCACAAAUCCACUGCCUGCAAGAGAACAGUGGAAAUGGCCAACGUCAGCUACGAUCGACUUGGUCAAAAGAAGACAGGCCUCAGGAUUGUUCUUCUUGGAGGAACUGGAGUCGGAAAAAGUGCAGCAGGAAACACAAUUUUAGGAGGAAGAUUGUUUCAGUCUAAAGUCUCUCUUUCCUCUGUGACAACAGUCUGUCAGAGGGAAACCAGUAAUGUGGGUGGUUUAAAUCUGGAUGUCAUUGAUACUCCAGGUCUGUUUGAGACAGGUAAAGGUAAUGAAGAGGUUGUGAAGGAGAUACCUAAAGCCAUCAGCAUGGCGGCUCCUGGUCCUCAUGUGUUCCUGAUUGUUCUCCAACCAACCAGAUUCACUAAAGAAGAUGAAAAAAUGGUGGAGAUAAUCCAGAAAAUGUUUGGAGAAACAGCAGCCAGAUACACCAUGAUCCUGUUUACCCAUGGAGACGAGCUAAAAAAGGGAAACAUGACAAUGGAAAACCUGUUAGAAACAUCCCAGCCUCUAAAACACGUCAUCAGUCAGUGUGCCGUCUUCCAGGAAUUUGAAGAUAAAUAUCAUGUCUUUGACAACACAGUUGAGGAUCCUGGUCAAGUCAGAGGAUUGAUGCAGAAGAUCAACAGAAUGGUUAAGGGAAAUGGAGGAAGUUUCUACACCAAUGAAAUGUUUGAAGAGGCGCAGAGAGCCGAGCAAGAAGAAUCAGAACGAUUCCGCAGAGGAAAUUCUGGCAAUAAUCCUGGAGAUGCAAGAGGGCAGACAGAGAGAAACAACUUGAUGAUCCAGGGUGCUUGGUUGGGAGCUUCAGCACUGGCUUGUGGAGUGGCUGUUGGAGCUUUUGGUGGCGUUGUUGUUGUGCAGAUCCUGAGGCAGUGGUUUGAGCUGCAGUAGCAGUGAAAGAGAAAGCCUGCAUUAUACAGUGAUGAUGUGUCUGAUGUUUUGGCCGCAGCUUAUUAAAUCAUGAUUAAAAUGUUCAGCUGUGCUUUGAUCAACGUGCUGAAUCCCUAAUUAACAUCCUGAAUAUCAGAGCAUGAAUGUGUGAAAAUCUGAAGAUAACUUGCAACAUAUUAUCUUGUACUGCUGACUCAAAGUUUAUAUUUUUAGCUGAGUCUCUUCGAAAUGAAGCCACUAAAGAGCUACAACACCUCAACUCUUUACUUCCUCCUUAAUUCAUAAAAUAAGGAGGAAGUAAUGGUGCAUUACUUCUAUAUUUUGUUUCUGUAUAAACUUAUCUUAACUGAGUUUCUGUCCUCUGCACUACAUUCAUCCAUCCUGCAGAUGAGGGAUGGAUGAAACUGUUGGGUUCUGCAGGGAGUGGUUUCCUUCUCCUUCACAGGGUGGCAGGCUGAUGGGAUCCAGCUGUUGCUCAUCACCACCAAUCUGCAAGGUCCUUAAAGGGGAGCGGCUUCCCAGAGUCAGAUGCCAGAUGGUUCCGCUUCUACAGUGUGAACCCGAGCUGAACACUCUCUGAACUGGCCCCACCUGAAGAAUCGGAUCCUAGCUGCUCUGUUUGGCCUUGCACCUGGGUGCGUGACGCCGCCACUCAGCUGCUGCCUGUCUGCCCUCAAUCGCCUGCUGGAACUUCCCCCAUCUGGAAAACCACCACACCUACUGUUGGACCCCCAUGUACUCUCCUCUGCUUACCUCAACCCGCAGCCCGUAAGUCACCAUCAGGUUACUCCAUCAUUCCCUUCAUUACUUCCCACUUUAACCGCUCGCCCUUUGCAGUUCCUCCGCUGGCCCGGUUCCUCCCUGCUGCCGCAGAUCGACGCCCCUCCACACGCUCUCCAGCACAUUCAGUUACUAAAUAAAUCUGUUAAAACUG